CACCUUCCUUAUAGCCCCAUUCUCCACACCCAUAAAUUCCACACUUUCACAGAGAGAGGGAAAGAAGAUUGAAGAAGCCAAAAUCCAACUCAACAUUUGCUUCAAUUUGGAGCUGUCAUUGCAAUUCCAGAGCCAUUAGUCCCAGCCAUGGGUGAAGAGAUCAAGAAGAAGGAAGAAGCGGAGGAAAAGAAGGAAGAAACCAAACAAGAAAGCAAAGAACCAGCUGAAUCAGCAGCAGCAGCUGAAGAAAAGAAACAAGAGAAUGACAAGAAGAAUGAAGAGGAGCCACCUCCAGAAAUCGUCCUCAAAGUUGAUAUGCAUUGUGAAGCCUGCGCGAGAAAAGUCGCCCGAGCUCUCAAGGGCUUCCAAGGAGUGGAGAGCGUGGCGACAGAUAGCAGAGCGGGGAAGGUGGUGGUGAAAGGGAAAGGGGCAGACCCAUUGAAAGUGUGCGAGAGAUUACAGAAGAAAAGUGGGAGAAAAGUGGAGCUAAUCUCGCCAUUGCCAAAGCCUCCUGAGGAGCAACCUAAAGAAGAUGAUAAACAGCCCAAGGAAGAGAAAAAGGAGGAGGCUCCGCCACCACCAGCAGCGGUAACAGUGGUACUGCAAGUCCAGAUGCACUGUGAAGCUUGUGCUCAAGUUUUAAGGAAGCGGAUUAGGAAGAUCAAAGGUGUGGAGUCUGUGGAAACAGAUCUUGGCAACAAUCAGGUGAUUGUAAAGGGGAUCAUUGAUCCGACAACACUGGUCAACCAUGUCCACAAGAGAACCCGAAAGCAAGCUUCCAUUGUAGUGAAGGAGGAGGAGAAGAAGGAAGAGGAGAAGAAGGAAGAGGAAAAACCGACAGCCGAGGAGAAACCAGAGGAGAAGAAGGAGACCCAAGAAGAAGAAAAGGAAGAAGAUGAUAAGAAAAAUGACAUCAAAAAGUUCGAGUACUGGCCAUCCAGAUACUACACUGAGUAUGCUUAUGCCCCUCAGCUUUUCAGUGAUGAGAACCCAAAUGCCUGUUCAAUAAUGUAGUAUCUCACUGCAAUUGUAUUUCUUAGUUGGCUGAAUUUGCCGUUUUGUAUGUUCUGAGAUACUCUGUAUCCGUGUAAUGCAUGCAAGAUUAAUGUUAAUCUCUCUCUUAACUUCAGAUUUUCAA